AGUAAGGGAGGGGGAGGGUGUGUUGAAUCAAGCGCCAAAGCACUGUGAGUGUGUGCAAGGCAGAAAGUGAGCGAGCCAGGGAGCGAACCAAAGCGCGCAUUAGAGAGAGAGGGAGAAACUGCACUGGUGAUCGACGCCAGCCUGCCACCACUCUGUAGCAGUGAGUGGCUGCAACAAAAGCACAGAAUAACAUCUGAGCUCCUCUCCUCUGCUUUUCCCCUCACUGCAUCUCCCCUUCCUUGGUGCCGAGAACUCCACACAACACAGCAGAGACACACGGAACUGGCGUCGCAAGUGCAGCCUCUGCCUGCCAUCAACAAGUUAGGGACGAAGGACCCCGAGCAAUGAAAGAGGAGAGCGUGAUCUUCAAUUAACCAACUGAGCUGACAUCACUGCGGUGGAAAAGGAAAGAGGCAGCUAAGGGACGGAGGGAUCUGCUCAGCGGUGCUGCUUUUGAUGCAAAUCAUCAACUUCCAAUUUAAGGAUUCUUGGAAGGCAAAUAAUGUCUUAAUCUGGGAAUUAAAUAGCAGGACUGAAGAAAGGACAGACCGGAAAAGAGAAAAAAACAGCAUCCCAGGACAUGGAAUUCCUGAAUUUGGUUCAACUGGGGGGGCAUCACACUUCUUUAUUUCUGAAGAGCUUGAUUCCUUUUGUAUUUACCCAAAAGGUUUUUUUCCCUGUGGAUUUCUCUUCCAUCUGGUUGCUCCAAAAGUCUGCAGAAAAAGACAGUUGAAUGCAGCCUCCGAUGUACACAAAAGAAUGGGUUUCCAUUCAAGGUGGCCAUUGGUGGGACAUGCACCAACGGCACUUUAUGUGAUCAGCAUGCUACUGUGCCUCCCUCCUGUGUCAUGCACAACCUGCCCCCAGAAAUGCCGAUGUGAAGACCUGCAGUUUUACUGCGACACGCAGGGGCUCCUGGCGCCCCCAGAUGGUGUGGAUAAAGGGGCCCUUGGACUUUCGCUCAGACACAACAGCAUCAGCGAGCUCAGCUCAGACCAGUUCUUUGGCUUCACCCAGCUCACUUGGCUUCACCUGGACCACAACCAAAUAACCACCGUGCAUGAGGAUGCCUUCCAGGGGCUGUACAAGCUCAAGGACCUUAACCUGAGCUCAAAUCGCAUCACCAAGCUGCCAAACACAACCUUCAUCCACCUCAUCAACCUGCAGAUCCUGGAUCUCUCCUUCAACCAGAUGACAGCUCUGGAGCCUGAGUUAUUUCACGGGCUCCGGAAACUCCAGAUCCUACACCUGCGAUCAAACUCACUGCGUACGACGCCUGUGCGAGCCUUCUGGGACUGCCGGAGCCUGGAAUACCUUGGCCUGAGCAACAACCGGCUCCGUAGCCUGGCCCGGAAUGGCUUCGCUGGGUUAAUUAAGCUGCGGGAGCUCCAUUUGGAACACAAUCACUUGACCAAGAUUAACUUGGCGCACUUCCCUCGUCUGGUCACCCUCCAGUUCCUUUAUCUUCAGUGGAACAAGAUCAACAAUUUAACAUGCACCAUGGAAUGGAAAUGGACAACUCUGGAGAAACUGGAUCUCACUGGGAACGAGAUACGCAUACUCACCCCCGACGUGUUUGAUACUUUGCCCAACCUUAAGAUCCUGCUGCUGGAUAACAACAAACUGACCAGUCUCGAUACCCAAACCAUGGAUAUGUGGAAGUCCCUAAAUGUGAUUGGGCUUUCAAGCAACCUUUGGGAAUGUACCAAACGGAUCUGCAAUUUGGCCACUUGGCUGAGCACCUUUAAGGGUAGAUGGGAACAUUCUAUCCUCUGCCACAGUCCUGAGUACGCACAGGGUGAGGAAAUACUGGAUGCCGUUUACGGAUUCCAACUUUGCCAAAAUUUCUCGGCCCCAGUUAUACUGACCAGUACCAGCACAGAGGCCAUGCUCCCUGAGAUCACAAGCUCCCUGUUCGGAAAUAUGCAGACCCCUACGCAAGACUUCUAUGCAGAGGAUUUUGGGAGCUUUACGAUUGUCACUACUACUACCACCACCACACAACCCCCACGCACUGCCCUCGCUACUACCAUGACGGUGGAGGGGGCAGAGAUUACAGAGGACUACUCUGCAAUAGACAACACAGUGCUGACCCAGAGGGUCAUCAUUGGCACCAUGGCUCUGUUGUUUUCCUUCUUCCUCAUCAUUUUUGUAGUGUACAUAUCACGAAAAUGCUGCCCUCCCACACUGAGGCGGAUCCGCCAUUGCUCGGCCAUUCAGAACAGGCGACAGAUGAGGACCCAGCAGAGACAGCCAAUGGCCGACCUAGCCACACAGGUGCCCUAUAAUGAGUACGAUCCCAGUCACGAGGAGGGUGCACUCGUGAUCAUCAAUGGCUACGGGCAGUGCAAAUGUCAGCAACUGCCUUAUAAAGAGUGUGAAGUAUAAACUAUUUAUUCCUGCAGUUUCCGGGUUUAACCAUUUGUCCAUUUCAAAAGAAACAGGGUUUGCUUUUGGACCCCCCCCCCCCCCCCUUUCAGUUUGUAUGAAGAAUAUUUCUUUGAAAUUGUUAGCUUUGGAAACCUAUGAAAGCUUGUGAUUACUGGGAAGAAUUGUAAAAGAGGAAAUAUAGAGAAAUCAACAAGUUUAUUUUUGUAAUACAAAAUGCAAAGGUUCAUAUCUAGCUGGGGCAAUCAAUCUCAGCCAAGGAAGGUUGGAUGCAUCACAGCAUCACCAGUUUGUGUACUAUGUAUUCUGCAGCACAGAGGAAAUGAGAAAUCUAUAGCCAAACCGCCUGGAACCCUGCGCUCCAGAAACCAGUUUAUAAAAUGACACAUCUUCUGAUAAAUGGUGAAAUUUUAUUCCAUGGAAAAAUAGUGUUACAUAUGCUGAGCAGUGCAAAUUUAAAAGGAUUUUUUUGUAAAAAAAUAAAAAGAAAAAAAGAAUUUUCAUGCACGUUAGCAAAACUAUAGAUCUCACUCACACUCACUUUUGGAGAGAGAAAAAAAAUGGGCACAAAGCAUAUUUUUUAAACUCACAUUUUCUAAAUUGAAAACAAGUACUGAUACAAAUAGAGCCACAAUGAAAUUUGAACAGGGAAUUCAACCCACUCGCAUUUUUUGGCCACCUUAGGUGUCCGAAAUGAUCAUUUCACAUUGAUCAAGUCUUAAAUUUAAACCAAUGAGAACACUUAACUGCCUUCCCGUUUCUGCAUUUGGAUAAAUUCAAUAAACUCUGUCUGCUUCCUUGAAAUCUUAAAGCCUAGCACUUUGUGUAAAAAGGUUAAUGUCCAAUAUCGCCCUGCACUGGUUCUAACAAAAUGUCUGAACAAGCUCCCUCAUAGGCAAUCCCUCAAUUAUCAUUGUGCAUAUAUUCUUACAUGAGAUGGCUCCAAACUCUGACAUCCUCACUGUGAUAGAACAAUGCUGCUUAGAUCACUGCAUCAUUAAUUAAUGGUAGAGACCAUCAAGGAAUGCUAGACGAAGAAGCAAACACCAGCGAGAACACCUUCCUAGGGAGAUGGGAAGAGCUAGAAAAAAAGGCAUGCAGAGGACACUGACAAUUGCCCCCUAAAAAUACUGGCGUACAUUUGCCGCACUGUUCGAAUGCAGCAAAGAGAAUAACCAUACCUGACAGCUUCAACAUUGAGUGAAUUAAGCUCAGGGAAAAUUAAUCUAAUAUUCUAUCACCCCAAACCUCUGCCCUGCAAGUUUCAGCCAGUAUAAAAUCAGUAUUAAAAAAAAAAAAAGACAAGAGAG